CGGCUCCAUGUCGUCUGCUCAGAGCCCAGGCACUUCGAGUGGUAGGGAACUGCGAGAUAACAGCAGUUAUCUUACAGUAGUUCGUGCCCAAAUCAACUUCGUUGUGUCAACUCUGUCCGAAGAAAACUUCGAUCGCAAUUCGAACGAGAUUCGCUCAUUAUGUGAUCAACAUGGUCCUGAGGUUGAGAUUCAUGUGAUCCGGUCGCUCAUCCGGGUCUGUGGGUUAGAUCCUGCCGCUCCGUUGCCCUUCCGGUUGCUAUCUCAAGAGGUCCGCCGUCUAGCCAGAGUGCCGUCCAAGGCUGGACGCUUCCGGGAGGCAGUGGAACGUGGAGAAGGCGACGUCUUUCGAGUAUUCGACUUCUCAAAGUUCGUCAAUGCGGUCCACUUAAGUGCGUUGGAGAAGGUUAUCCUUGCCGCUCAUGUGGCAGCCAGUGUGAGCCGAAGUGAUCUCGCCAUUCAAGGCAAAGCCGUGUUUGCUGCAGAUUUCAAUACAGCAAUGGUCCAACUGCUGCAAACGCCCUCAUUCGAGACUGCAGAUUUAUCUGUAGAGGAAGCUAAAGCACUUCUUAUAGCUUUGCUAUCGGAGUCACCUCAGGAAACGCCUUUGCUUGACCCGGCCAGCAGGGCACGUCUCCUAUCAGCCAUGUCACUACGAUAUGGAAUGGAAAUCGCCAAGCCUCUCCUUGUAGAUGUAAUUCCUACAAUGCCGCUGGAGGCUAAUGCUACAUUGGCUGGCAUUCUUAUCUCCUUAUCACCCGAUCUGACCAGUGAUAUCGACAUCAUGUGUGCUCUCCUCUCUCGAUUUGGAGUUACGGACGCCAUGCCGUUAACGGAGGUGCAGCUCAUUAAAGUUUUUUCGGACCUGAUAAAUGCUGCGGCUGAUAAUCUGUUGAACUUGGACGUUAGCACCUUCAUUAGCGCACUCGUUACGCUGUCUGAAAAUCUGGAUUGGUCAAAAGUUAUGCAGUCAUUCGAUCAGCCGUCUCGUCAAUUGGUGGACACAGCAACUCUCAAACUCGUGGUUGCUGUUCUUCUUUCAUCACCCAGAAACGUAAUGUACCCUGCCGUCAAAGGCUGUUGGGUCAUCUGGUCCAACGCCCUGUAUCAAUUAAGGGUCUUGGAUGCCUUGCUCUCACUUCCAGCAGAUACUUUUUCCUUUGUUUCGCUUCCGGGCCGCCGUAUCAUCACGGUGGACGAAAUGGCAACUGCUGGUGCAACGAUCAAGGCUUUGACCGGAAACAUCCAGAAUCACACGUGGAAUUCCCUUGACCUCGUUCAAUUGUUAAUCGGUCUGAUCGACGUCGACUCGCUGGAGGUUCGUUUGGCGGUUCGAGAGCUGAUGGAUAAAGCGAUCAAAGUUGGUCCGGAGUUGGUGGAAAUUGCACUGCUCAAGCUUCCUAAACCUUGGUCCACCAGUCAUGCAGAUUACGUCGAUAAGUUGUUGGACGUGUUUUUGGCGGGUCAUCCCAACCAUCAGUUGGUCUUGUGGCGCGUUUUUCAAUCGGAUGAAGCGUACUUCAUGUCAUCCUUACGGGAUUUCUACCAAAGUACUGAAACGAAUGUCACGCGCAUUCUUGACAUCGCUCAGGACCUCAAGAUUCUGGAUAGGCUGCUCGCUGUUCAACCAUUCCCAUUCGCCUUGGACUUGGCAGCUUUGGCAUCACGACGUGAAUAUCUUAACCUCGAAAAGUGGCUGGCGGAUAGCUACGCUGUGCAUGGUGAUUCUUUUACGCACGCCAUCAUGGAAUUCCUCGAUCACAAGGUGAAGAACGAUAUGUCCAGAGAUGCUGGCGCCGAAAUGCGUACCUUAUCUCUCAAUGCACAGACCAUUGCGAUUUUCAUAUCUUUUUUGCGCCGAAGCGGCGCAAAUUGGACGCGUGCCGACAUCGAGUACUUCCGGGAAAUCCGCAAUGCAUGUCUACAGUUGCACCCCCGUCUCAUGAGCUUGGCACCGGGCUCCGACCAAGAGCCGGGUAUGACGGUGGUCAGCUUUUCUCCGGAUACCGAGGCGGAAGCGGAAACCAUUUUCAAGCGAAUGUAUGAAGAAGAAAUACCAGUGGACCACGUUCUGCACAUCCUGCAAGAGUUCAAGAGCUCAACCGCCACUCGUGACCAUGAAGUGUUUGCUUGCAUGCUACACACCCUAUUCGACGAGUACAAAUUUUUCCCCGUCUAUCCGCCCCGAGAGCUUGCAAUCACCGCUGUCCUAUUCGGUGCAAUCAUUGACCAAAAUUUGGUCGACCACAUACCGCUCGGUAUCGCAAUCCGCUAUGUCCUCGAUGCAUUGCGUCAACCACCCGACUCAAAUAUGUUCAAAUUUGGCGUUCAGGCCUUGUUGCGCUUCCGAUCUCGGUUGGGAGAAUGGAAGGAGCUUUGUCAUGCUGUUCUGGCUCUGCCCCACCUGCAAGAGCACCGACCUGAUAUUGCCGAGGUAGCACGACAGGCGCUCUUCCAGACUGAUCGGACGAGCAAUUUCGAUGAAGUUCCCUCAUCCGACCUGGAAGGCGUACUUGACGGAUCUGAGCUCGCUAACCCGCCAUUCCAUUCCAUCAACCCUGAUGCUAUAUCUGGAGACAGUGGGGCCAUUCCCAUUGAGGAAACCGCAGAUCAAAUGCUCUUCAUUGUCAAUAAUCUUGCGAUGAGCAAUUGCGAAGCCAAAUCGAGCGAUAUGCGUGAUAUUUUCAAGGACGAGUAUUGCCGAUGGUUUGCUCAUUAUUUGGUGAACCAGCGAAUAGGCUCAGAACUCAACAACCAUCAACUAUACAUCAAAUUCCUUGACCUUCUCGGUAGGUCCUUGCUUCUGAAGCAUGUUCUGAACGAAACACUCAUCAAAGCACGGACACUUAUGAACUCCGAGGCCACCAUGCAUUCCGCUGCUGAGAGAUCUAUUCUAAAAAAUUUGGGCUCAUGGAUCGGUAUCAUGACGCUGGCCAGAGACAGGCCCAUCAAACAUAGGAAUCUUGCACUGAAGAAUCUUCUCCUGGAAGGAUACGAUUCUUCUCGACUCAUUGUGGCGAUACCAUUUGUCUGCAAGAUCCUUGAACAAUGUGCGAAGUCGACAAUAUUCCAUCUUCCAAACCCCUGGCUUUCUGGACUUGUUCGUUUGCUGGCCGAAUUCUAUUUUGGAGCAGAUCUCAUAUUGAAUCUCAAAUUUGAGAUUGAAGUCCUGUGCAUUGCCCUUGAUAUUGACUUGGAGAAGGUUGAGCCGACAGAUCUGUUGCGACACCGUCCCAUUUUGGAUCUCGAUGCCGGUCCUACCGAGGAUUUUGUUGGUGAUAUCGAGAGUCUUCCUAUGGACGGAUAUGGUGCGCUCGGACCCAUGGAUACCAUUCAUCCCACCAUACCACAUCUCGACGGCGCUCCCGCUCAGACUGCCCUCCAAGCAGAAGGAAUUAUGUCAUCUCUCGAAGGCGCUAUCACUCUUAACACACAACUCGGCGGAUAUGCCGAAAAUGAGGGUUUCAAACGACUGGUGCAGGUCGCUAUAGAAAGUGCCGUGCGCGAAAUCAUUAUUCCGGUAGUGGACCGAUCGGUCACCAUCGCGAGUAUUUCGACCCAGCAGCUGGUGCUCAAAGAUUUUGCCAUGGAGGUGGACGAGACUAGAAUGCGAACUGCUGCACACCUGACCGUCAGGAACCUUGCUGGGAAUCUUGCCUUGGUGACUUGCAAAGAGCCCCUACGGAUAAACAUGGUCUCGCAUCUGCGAAACAUACUUUCUGAGCAAGGUAUAACCGAGCAAAUGUUUUCGGAACAAGCGAUUCUUCUGCUUGUUCAAGACAAUUUGAACUCUGCAUGCAAUGUCAUCGAAAGAGCUGCCAUGGACAGGGCAGUGGCUGAUGUUGACAAAGCGCUGGAGCCGGCUUACUUGGCUAGAUUCCGUCAUAGAGAGCAACGACCUGGGCAGCCUUUUUGGUACAGCCCUGAUGGUGCCCCCCCUGCUGACUACGUGUUGCACAACAAAUGGCCUGAUAUGCUCCGCCUAAAUCCCAUUGGCUUGAGUCAUGCUCAAAUGCGGGUUUAUGAUGAUUUUGCGGCUAGUAACCGUCGCCUCCUUUCAUCCGUACCAGCAGCGACAUAUGCAGAUCAGUACCAAAAUCAACGUGCUUCAGACGAAAGCGAGACUCUGGAGACUAGUGUGGAGACUUCCAUGUCAUUUGAUUCUGCCGCGGAAAAGUUGACUAUCCUGUUGGAUGAUUUAGUACACUUCCUGAGCGAGUCAUCAGAAGCAGAUAUUCGCGAGCUGGGUCCAAGUCAUCGGAUCACCCUGCUGAUCAAGGAGCUGCUCCAGCUCCCCCGCAAAACCGAAGACCAAAACCGCAUAGGCAUGAUGGCUGCUCAGCGCAUUGCUGCAGAAUUAUACAAGGGUGCAGGGGACCUGUCAAGAGAAGUGUAUGUUUACCUGCUUCAGCAGUUAUGUCAUGCACUUCCUGCCGUGCGGAAGGAAGUUGUUGAGUGGCUCGUUUUGUCUGACGACGAAAGGAAGCUGAACUUGCAAGUGACCAUGGCCCUCCUGCGAGUUCGGCUUAUAGAUCCGCAUGAUUUGGAUGCUGCCAUUGGGCGAUCCAUAGUGCAUGAAUUCCGGCCUUCUUUCAUAGAUUUUGCCACUGCCCUUGUUCAUGAGACGCUUACUGGUGAUCUCGCCGCCGGUUGGCGUCACCAGUUUCCUAUCUGCUACGAGGCUUUAUUACGCGCCGCAAGCGCAGGUAAGGCAACCGAAACUGCUGCUCGUUUGAUCAAACAGCUCCAGGGCCCGGAAGACAAAGGCCCUUACAAUACACUGGCGUCCUACUUCAAAGGCUGGGUUCGCUCAUUCCAUCAGUCGACAAACCUAGAACAGAGUUUUAUUGACUUCGUUACGCAUCCCGAGAUGCAAGGGAUUCUGCGUGGGGAGGACAUUUCAUCGCUGUUCUUCCGCGUGUGCGCGGAGGUUAGCGUUGAACGAACUAGUGUCGCGCUCCGGGCGGGACUUGCUGCCAAUCCGUAUCUUUAUGUGGAUGCAUUGUCGAAGCUUUUGGCAAUGAUUGUCAAAUAUCACGGAGAAGCGAACAACGAGCACGCCAAGGCGCAUUACCUAACGAAGACUUUGUCCAUUGUUGUGUUGGUUCUAGCCCAUGUGCACGAAGAAAGCGAUGGACAAGCCUUCGAAUCUCGACCCUUUUUCCGUCUCUUUUCAAGUUUACUCAACGAUCUUCAAGGCAUCUAUACCAGUGCAUCUAAUACCCAAUUCCAGCUGCUCCUGGCAAUGAGCGAUACUUUCAACACUCUUCAGCCUGCAUAUUUCCCUGGGUUUGCUUUCGGUUGGAUGGCUCUCAUUUCACACCGCGCGUUCAUGGCGAGAAUGCUCCAUGCGGAGAACCGAGAGGGCUGGGCACCGUUUCAUCGACUUCUCAUCUCCCUCCUGCGCUUCUUGGGGGGAUUUCUCCGCACUGGACGGCUUGAUAAAGGCUCGCGUGAAUUAUACUGGGCCACUUUACGGAUCCUGGUAGUUCUGCUUCAUGACUUUCCGGAGUUCCUGAGCGAGUAUUACUUCACAAUAUGCGACCAUAUCCCGACGAAUUGCGUUCAGCUGCGCAAUAUCAUCCUGAGCGCAUAUCCGUCCAACCUUGUUCUUCCAGAUCCGCUUGGGCCUCGCACUCUCACAAUGGAGCACUUUGGGCCAAUCCCUCCCAUUUUGUCUGAUUUCACCUCGGCUCUGAAAAAUGGGGACCUUCGGGGGCCUCUGGAUCAAUUCUUGUUGAAUCGUGGUUCGACAUCUUUCCCAAGCACAGUCAAGUCAUGGAUCAUGGCCUCCGUAGGGAAUGACCGCUAUAACCUGCCUGUGCUUAAUGCGCUGGUUAUGUAUGUCGGUGUUUCUUCGGUGGCUCAAGCCAAGGCGAGAAAUGGACAGAUGGGAUUUAUACCGACGGAUCCUGGAGUCCAGUUAAUGCAGAAGUUGGCAGCCGAGCUAGAUGCAGAAGGCCAGUAUCAUUUCCUGACUGCUCUAACUACGCAUCUGCGAUAUCCCAACGCACAUACGCAUUGGUUUAGCUCUGUUGUACUCCAUUUGUUUGCUGAGGUGGAGAGCGAUACGUUCCAAGAGAUCACAACAAGAGUGUUGCUGGAGAAGUUCUUGGUGCACAAACCUCAUCCUUGGGGUGCAAUCGCUACUCUCGUAGAGCUCAUGCGGUCUCCUCGUUAUGACUUCUGGAGACGAGAUUUCCUUCGUUCGAAGGAAGCCCUUGAGCUUCAAGGUUUGCUCAGUGGGAUUCUAUCAACUAUCUAACGGGUUUCUGUGGCCAAUCUGAUGUAUAACUACUGUCAAUGAUUAUCUGCCACGUCCAUCUGACCAUUUGUACCUUACGC